AUGACAUUUGGGGGAUUGUCUGCAGGCAGCAAAAGGAGGCAACCACACAUGGCCAACGCCCAGAAUUUGCAGACGACAACCUCCUUCUCCUCCCUUCCCAGAGAGCUGGUAUCCGAGGUUCUUGCACGCGUCGCAGCUUCUUCAUCAACUGAUCUUUUCCGGGCAAAGCUAUGUUGCAAGAGGUUUGCGGAUGUUGCGGAAGACAACCGUGUUUACCAACGUGUGUCGCUGGCAAAGUUUGACAUCGUUCCAUGGCGUAAAAAUCCUAAAGUUUCAAUGUUCGUGAAGAAGUGUAGACGAUGCAAAAAUCCUGACGCAUUGUAUCGAAAAGGGGUGGUUAAUUAUUUUAGAGGUAAGAAUGUGGAAUCAGCAUUGCAACGCGUCGAAGAAGCUGUAAAAGCAGGCCAUGACGAAGCUGCCUAUGCGUUGGCAGUUAUUUUCGUCUUUGGUGGGGAGGAAUUGAAGCAGAAGGGUAUGGCUAUGCUUAGCGGCAUGAAGAAAUCAGCAGCUCAGAGACGGAGAGUUAAAGAAUGGCGCGACAAUUUGCGAAGGAUUCUGAAGAUGAUUUGGGUUCAAAAUUCUUUGGUUCUAGGCAAAAGGCCCAUUUGUUGUGGCAGCCAACAUAAGAGGAAAAGAGGUUGGGGUCCGGAUGAACUUGACGCAGUGGAGAGUACAUAUGAAGGCUGCGCUUGCGAUGAAGAAAUUGGACCAAUUUGUGAUGCCUUACCUCAAAUUGCUGUGUAA